UAUGUCGACGUUGAGGUCGAACCCUCAACACUGACACUAUACUCUAUGAUCGAAAUGGGAUUGGCCAUGUUCAGGGUGACACUAUUCAAAGCAAAUCUUUGGGAAUAUCAAACAUCGUUUAAAAAGGAAAACGUUUGGGAACAUGGUAGUGAUAUACCGACUAAAACACCAGUUUUUGGAAAGGUUUUCACCCUCAAGACUAGAACAAGUGAAUCCAAUGGUUGUAUUGUCAAACAAGUCGCCGGUCUUGACUACACCGAGCCAGCGUUUGAAUUGAUGUUUGUUGCUUAUGACAGUAGCAGUGAAUUAGUAUAUACUUUGGAUGUGGGAACUGUGCCUGGUGGAAGUGAUAUUUUCUCAAAUAUGGAGCUUGGCGGAGCUGUAAUCACUGCCAGUGUUGAAAUGCAAGGUGGAACACCAUUAUUCUUUACUAUUAAAGUCACAAAUAAUGAAGGUUUAGUAUCAAGAACAACGUGCAGUAUCCAUACUUAUGACGUCACACUUCCAGCGGGUCGCUUGACACCCGGGUUUUUGUCUACAAGUCGUCCAGACAUCCUAAGAUGUUCUACAUUAGUGUUUGAUGAUUCUGAAACUUCGAGUUUGAAAGAAGCUGUAGGGUUUGGCCCUGGCGAAUGGGGUGAGCAACUUGUUGGAUGGGACAGCCCGGGUGCCUACUGGGGCCAAGCAGAUGCUUCUAACCAGUUUCCCAAUUUAGAAUAUUUCUCCAUUCCUCAAGUUGGACGGUUGGUGUCAGAUCCUGUCAAAUCUAUUACAAAGCAAUACCCAGAUGAAUGUGCUGCUGAGUGUCUCAAACUACCAGCAACAAAAUGUCGGAGUUUUAACUAUGACAUGAGAAGUGGAAAGUGCGAGCUAUUAGAAGAACUGGAAGGAGAUGGAGUAGAACUACAUGAGUAUGGUUACUUCUACCACUACGAACGUUUGGGACUUGGCCUAGCAACAGACUACACCCACGAUGAGCUGACUAUGAAGCAUAACAAUCUGCACUAUUUUAAUCUAGAGGCCAUCAACUCAUUGGGCUACAAAAACAUUUUAUCUUCUCAUCCAAUUCUCACUGAUUUUACAACACCGGAGCCAGGUCUCAUUGUCAAUGGACAACUUGAUGUUACGUCACACGAAACGUGUACAUUAUUUACACCCGAAGAAUGGGAAAGUAGGUGUGUGGAGGAAACAUUUCUACCAAAUCAUCGAAUCAUAAUUGACGGUAAAGGCUCGAUGACAGCUUUCAAUGGACAUAUACCACUCUUUGAUGAGAGGUGGACAAGAGCCAAUAGAUAUAUUGCAUCAAAUUGGGAUGGAAUUCAUGAUGACGAAACUGGAAUAUUCGGAUACACGUGGGCGAUAGGCCACUACCCAUGCGAUGACAUCAUACACCACCAUCAUGAUCCACAUGCUCAUUUGUUUGACGAAUCAGAAUGGACACACAUUGGUCUGGUAAAUGGCCUAAUGCUACCAGACGACAAUUACUACGUCACAGUAAGAGGGUUGAAUAAGGUUGAGUUUGGUGGACCUCUAUCGUUAUCUGUGUGUCAUUCCGUUCCUCUGGUGAUUGACAACACCCUGCCGUUUGUUAAUGACAUAUUCGACAUUGGUUAUAACGAGGACACUGAAGAGGUUUCUGUAUCUUAUAACGUCAGUGAUCCUAAUUCCGAGAUCUAUGCGGUGGAUAUUGGAAUAGGAGAGGGUAAAUAUGAUGUUUACCUAAAGGAAUGGGCAAGAUUCUUUGAUAACAGCACCUCAGUCGUUCCAUACAAACUAAUAGAUGGCGUACCAGCGUGGAUGCAGAUAAGAGCAAUUAAUAAUGUGGACCUUCGUUUGGUCGAUCACGCUGAUUCUCCAUUAAUAGUUGAUCUGAGUCCUCCGGUUGCCGGCCGCUUCAGAGAUGGAUUUAAUCUUGGUAUUGAUAGUGAUUAUGAAAGUGACGUAACACAGUAUUGUGCUAACUGGGAGGAUUUUGUCGACGAACAAUCCGGUAUUGCUGGUUAUUCUUUGGGAUUAGGAACUUUACCAGGAUUAACUGAUGUUGCCGAGUUUCUUUCACUUCAAAGUCAUGAUUAUAAAUUCUGCAUCAAGGGUCUACAUCUGCAACAUGGAGUCCAAUACUACGGAGUGUUGGCAGCUUUCAAUGGCGGACAUAAGCAUCUCAAUACAACGGUCGCUUCUGAUGGAGUGCUAAUCGAUAUAACGCCUCCCAAUGAGGGCGACCUUCUAGACGGCAUAUUGUUUGGUAAUAGAGAUAUCCAGUAUUCAUCUUCUCCUGCGACAGUAUCUGGACAAUGGUAUAACUUUACUGAUCCGGAAUCAGGUAUCGAUAAUUUUUUAAUCAGUGUCUAUUGCAGACACACAUUAAGUGAGAAAUUUGCAGAGUUUGAAAUCAUUCAUGAACCGGAAUCCGUUGGACCAAAUACAACAUCUUUCGAAUGGCAUCAUUUCCACCUGAAAGAUGGUGAUGAUGUAUUUAUUGAAUUAGAAGCAUUCAACCAAGCUGGGUUGGCAGUAUCAAAGCGGUCUGAUGGCUUUAGAGUUGACCUCACACCCCCGACCAUGACGUUUAUUGGUGAUGGCAGUAUAGAAGGUCAAGAUGUAGAGUUUCAGUCAAAUGAUACAUUUAUAUCGGCCAACUGGAAGUUCAAUGACCCAGAAUCGAAUAUGAACCACUACAAGUUCUCAAUUUUUGAAACCUACGGAGGAACCAAACAUCAAAUAUUCCCAAGUCCACACACCCAUCCAGCGUUUAUAGAAGUACCCCAAAGUGAAGACUUCCAUACUGAGAUUGGUCUGACUUUGAAGGAAGGUGGCUUCUAUAAUACACGGAUUGCGGGAGUAAACAACGCCGGUUUGACAGCACCACACGAAACAAAUGGUGUCGUUAUUGAUCCGUCACCACCCUUGAUUUUCAGUGUCAAGGUUGGAGUUAUGGACGCUGGGGCAGCUGAAGAACUCCUGUUUGGGUAUGUUUGGCAAAGUGACCAACAAGGAAUCAAGGCUACAUGGAAGGCCGUGGACGCCGAGAGUGGCAUUUUAUCGUAUUGGGUUUCAAUUGGAACAAAAUCGGGAUCAAGUGACAUUCAGGAAUUCAAACGUAUGGGACCAGAUGAAUCAGCUUACAUUGAUGGGCUUAAUCUUACUCUCACCGAUUCCAAUACAUGCUCAGAUUUUGAAUAUCUAGAUUCUUGUCAACCUGUUUAUUACGUCACUGUAAUGGCAGAGAAUGGAGCAAAAUCGUUCAGUGAAAAAUUAGUCUCAUCUCCUAUACGAGUCGUUGAGGCUGAUAAAAUAGGAAUGGUAUGGGAUGGAUCUGGAACAGAAAUUAUUGAUGGUGAAUUAAUUGUUGCGCAUGAUAUUGACACUCAAAUGCAACAAACAGAACUGUUUGCAAUAUUUCAUGGUUUCGAGAGUCAACUAGACGGACUUGCGUCAUACGAAUGGGCAAUUGGAACUGAACCACGUUUUGAUAAUGUGCAGCCAUUUUCACAAGGAGGACUUGUUUUAUACGACGAUCCGAACAAAAUGGGAACAGGUCUUCCUGGUGCAGGACACGCAUAUACCACCAUUACUCUUGAACAUGGUGUUAGGUAUUAUAUCACAAUCCGUUCUAUCACUGGUGCUGGAAAGGUUCUAGAAGCAGUAUCAGAUGGAGUAAUAGUUGACAAAACUCCAACCGAUAUACAUUCUCUAACAUUCGGACUUCCUGGUGAAAAUACCACAGAGACCCUGGACUCUGAGGUCACAAUCUACUCUAAAACGGAUGAUGAACUUUUAGCUACUUGGGAGAUGGAAGACAGUGAAAGUGGUGUUAUCAUUGUAGAAUACUCAUAUGGAACAUAUCCACUUGGGGAUGACAUUUGUAAAAAGACUGAGAUAUUUAACAGUACUAUGACUGCUAGCGUUUUCCAAGAACCUAUAGAAAGGGGUUCUUCGAAUAUUUUAAAUAUAUACAUUACUAAUUCAGCGACAUUACGCACAGAGAAAGCAUCGAGUAGUGUCGUUGUGGAUAUCAUUCCACCCGGGGAUGGAAAGGUAUUUUGUCCACAAUACAUCAAUGAGAGAAAAAUUCAGUGCUCAUGGGCUGGUUUUGUAGAUAUUGAAUCUGGUAUUCAAAAGUAUUCAUUUUCCAUUGGAACACAAGUUGGUGCAAAUGAUGUUUAUUUUGUCGAUCAGAUUCCAAGUUAUAAAGAUGCACUAUUGGUCGAAGGUUUUGGUAGUGGACCCCUUAUUUCUUUACUAUCAUUCUAUGUGACUAUAGAAGCAUAUAAUAAAGUCGGGCUAUCAACAAAAGCAUUCUCCAAUGAGAUCAAGGUUGACAGUUCUCCACCUGUUCCCGGAAUUGUUAUAGAACUCUCUGACGUAAGCGUUUUAAAAAAUAAUUCGUCUGAAGAUUCACCUGUUACGACUGCUCAAAAUGCGUGUGAAGAUGUAGGCGACGAUGAGAGUAAUCGUUGUCGGACUCAAGAUGCUGUAUGUCAGACAUCAUUAACUACAGUCACAGUUGCAUGGCAACCUUUUACCGACCCAGAGUCAUACAUAAAGAGUUAUGAGAUUGCCGUUGGAAGUGAGAUUGGAAAAGCGGAUAUCAAAAGUUUUGAAUUGGUCUCACCAUCUCUCACUUACUAUACAAUCACUGGUUUAGACCUUAGUGAAGUUCGUCAGGUUUUUGUAAUGAUUAAGGGAACAAAUGCAGCUGAAUUGUCUACUGUUGCUAUGUCAAAUGGCGUCUUCAUAAGUCGCGUUUCCAGUGGUCUUGAUCCACUCAAACGCCCAACAGUAAACGACGGAAAUUCGACAUCUACAGACAUUGACUUUCAAGCCGAUGCUCACGAAAUUCGAGCUACAUGGAACUUCAAUGGCGAUCCUUGCCCAAUUGUAAAUUGCGAAUGGGCGAUAAAAAGAAUAGAUGGGAUGUCAAUACAAGAAUUCGUGUCUGUUUCAACAAAAACUUUAGGAAUGAAUGAAGAUAUGAACAUGUUAGAUGGAGAGACAUACUACAGCAUUGUGCGAGUUACCAAUAUUCUAGGCUAUAUUCAAACGAUUAGGACAGACGGCGUAACACUUCGCUUACAACCAAUUUUUCCAGGCCGUGUAUAUGAUGGUGGUGUGCUAGGAUUUGAUUUAAAUGAGCAAGCAUCAAUUACAACUCUUUCAGCUAAUUGGGACGGUUUUGGUGACGACAAUCAGAAAAAUGAUGUCCUUAUUCAAAAUGGUUACACUUCAAACAAUGAAAAACAACUCAUUGAAUUUUACACCAUUGCCGUUGGUACCGAUCGCAGAUACUCUAAAACACGUGCCGACAUUAUACCAUUCACAAACGUAGAGUUGAACACCGUUUGGACUUUCACUGACUUAUUAUUGGCAGAAGAUGCAAUAUAUUACGUCACUGUUCGCGCCCAUGGAGGUAACCUAGCAUUUGCCGAAGUUACAUCAAAUGGUAUCCGUGUAGGUAAUGGGCUUGGAGUUGAAGGUGGAAAAAUUGAAACCAGAAACUUUAUCAAUCAAGAUUAUGAAACAAGCUUUUCAUGGUCCAAGUUUCUGUCAGAUCAGCCCAUGUUUUUCUAUAUGUACGGCAUUUCGAGUCAAGAGAAUUCCACAACAGUUGAAUGCGACCAAUUGCAGCAGAUGACUAACGGUGAAUGCACAACCAAGGAAUGUGCAGAGGUGGCAUCGUGGUUUGAUAUUGUAAGUGUUACCAACUCCGGCAAAGACACGUACGCAGAAACAACUUCGCUUCGUUUGGAGCAUGGACAAACUUACUAUAUUGUUGUCUUAGGAACGGAUGAAGCCGGCCAAUGUAACAAAACUACUGAAAAUUUUAAAGUCGAUUUGACAAAACCUGUUGCAGGAAAAAUGAGACUUGAAAACAACCCACAUGUACCUGUUGAUUUUCCUGCUUGGUUUACCGCUGACUCGACACUCUUGACUAUUCACUGGGGUGAAUUUGAAGAUCCAGAAAGUCAGAUUGACUAUUAUGAGAUUGAGCUAUUGGUGGCGCCGUCUUGCAAAGCUGGUGAUGAGGAAUUAUUGACAACAGUUGUGGAAGCUGUUAAAUUGGAAGCAAGCUAUAAUAGUCACAACUUCUAUCAUCUUAAUCUGCAGCCACUUACUCCAUAUUACGUUAAAUUGACUGCAACCAAUAGGGCGGGUUCGUCUGUAGAAAUUAUGUCGUCUCCAAUUUUGUUUGAUAAUUCAAGACCAAGCGCUGGCUUAGUAGUUGAUGGUUUGGAUUUUAUGAAUGAUAAAUCACACAGUAGCUUUAUUGAUCACAUGUCUGGAUCAUUUAUAUUUUUAUCGGAUCCAAACAUUGAAGCAUGUCCCGAUGAGUAUUCACCCUUUGAUGAUGAUGAUGUAUGGGAAUCGAUAGAAAGCAAAGGAAUUUGGAAUAUGGAUGAAAAAGAUUGGCGAAUAUUUUAUAAUAAGGAACAGAUAAAAGUUACCGAUUCUGUUAACCUUACAUUGAGGAUGGAAGUUGAUGUACAAGAAGAGGUUGUCUUGGCUGGUGCGGUGUAUAGGCAUAUCGACAUUGGUAAAGGUGGAACAUUUAAGAUGGACAUAAAAGCAGCUCCUCAAAAUAUACCUGUUAUCACAAGUGUGGUGUUCUGGGAUGGUCCUGAUGGCGUUGUUGGUGACUUAAUGGUUCCGACAGUAGAAGAGGAACCGUGUUCAUGCUGUUAUGAAGAAACCAAUGAUACUAAUUGCGACUGUGAUUGUUCAAUGGUUGGAGUUACUACGACCCAUGAAAUAACCACAACAACUUUAUCAGCAACAACAGUCCCAUGGAAGGUAAUUGAUGAAGCUGAGAGAGAUGAGGAUAACAAAAAACAAACGGCUGUGCAACAAGCGUGUGGACUACAGUUGUUUGCCGAUGAAACACUGUCAUCGGCCACGUUAUGGUGUAGAUUCUACCAAGAUGAACAAGACUAUUUGUACAACAUCUAUGAUUUAUCGUUUAAUCCGUCAAAAGAUUGGCAUCAUUAUGAAUUUACAUUCAAAGAAGAAUAUGAUGUGGAUCCAACAAAGAUCGGAUACACAUUCCAACUAACUGUGGAUGGAAAUCUUCUCGGAGAUUUAUCUGGUGCACCACGUUUAUCCAACAAUACAAAGCUGAGUUUACAACUAUGGAACGAUGAAAACUAUGUUCCUGAGUUCACUGAUCCAUUUAAUGUUCCGACAACAUCAGUAGAAUUUUCCAAUAUCAGACUUCCACCUUCAAGUGAAGACUUAUGCCGGUAUGGCAACCCAUUUAGAGGUGGUGUUGCUCCAGUUGUCAAAUUUCUUGCUGGUAUCGGUACUCGCAAAAGUAUUAUUGACGUUCAUGGCGAAGUAGAGAUUCUCCGUCCAUGUUAUUCAUGCUACAAUGAAUGUCAUCGGUACUUUUGCAACCCACAAUGUAAUGCAAAGGACACCCAACUUGUACAAUUCACUAUAAAUGGAUUGGAGCUUGAGGAGAUGCGAUGGUACAGUGAUUUAAAUGGAACUGGUGAAUAUCGUCCAGCAAGUUACUUUCUGCGAGUUGAAGAAAUUUUAGCAAAUGGCUUGACAGCAAAUUCUUCGUCUGACGGUGUUACAAUCGAUACAUCACCUCCAGAGUUCGAGUCUAUGAGUUAUUAUGACGUGAGUCUCGAUGAAACCCAACCUGUGUCUGCCCAAUCUUCGAAUUCCACCAUCAAGGCAUCAUGGGAAUUUUUAGACCAAGAAAGUCUAGUCGUGGAAUAUUAUUGGGCCAUCGGUACCACACCUGGAGGUACAGAACUACAAAAUUUUGUUUACGUUGGGAAUGUAAAAGAAGGAACAAAUCGUAACCUAGAAGGGCAUUUACACAAUCGUGAAUCUUACUAUGUAACAGUGAAGGCUGUUAAUGGAGCAGGCCUUGAGAAAGUGCAAGAAAAUCAGGGAAUCCUGGUUGUAACUGAUUAUCCAAUUGUUGACGACGUUAAAGAAAAUCCCUUUUAUGUGGAAAGCAUAAAUAACAAUCCUACUUAUGUCAGUUUUGAAAACUCAAAACUUGGCUUAAGUUGGACAACAGCACAUGACCUCUCUGUAGCUGAAUAUCGAUACUGUGUUGGCAGUUCUGUCGAUAAAGCUGAUGAUAUUAUACCAUGCAUCACAACAUCUAUGGAUGGAGGUGGGACAGUUGAGGUUUAUGACGGAUAUAUAUUUAUUGACGGUAAAAUUUACAGUAACGUGAGUGAUUUUAGAACUCCAAACGAAGAUGGCACAAUUCCAGGAAAUAACAAAUUGUUCUUGGAGCCUGGAAAAUGCGUAUUUACAACUCUUUCAAUCUGUAAUGAAGCACAUGUAUGUGUAAAUAGGACACUUAAUUCAACAAAUAUUUUAGGUUAUGAGGAUAUAAUUAUUUCAUCUGAUGAUGGAAAGGAUUUUUCGCUUUCGUGGGGAGAAGACGAAAAUAUGUUUGCGGUAAAACCUGAGGCUAUAGAAUCCUCGGAAAAUGACAAGUUUAGCCUUAAAAUAUCAUCAGUUGGAGGUUUGGAACCUGGGUAUUCAAUGUCGUUUGGAGUUUUAUCAAGCGAAGACUUAAACAAAGAAUAUACUUCCGAAGCAACAGCAGAUUACGUUCCAUAUAUUGUCAACCCACUGUAUACUUUAGACAGGACACAGCGUCAUCUACGACGAAGAGUCAAGGCUGUUUAUGAACCCAGCUUCUAUCUCUCACCACUAGGUCAGGCUGACAUGAAUGGACCAUUACAAAUUAAGCUGAAAUUUAAGACAUCUUCAGAUUGGAAAUAUGAAUCUCCUUAUUUGAUCUAUUGGAACAAAGACGAAGGUCAAUGGGAUGAUGCAGGGCUCACCUGUUCUGACGAAAUUUCGCAAUUCGACGAGGAAACAGAAGAACUAUCAGUUAUGGUCUGUUCUACCCAUGCGUCUUCAACUGAAGAAAGUAUUAGAAGACGGAGAGAGGCAGAUUCUGGCGGUUUCCAAAGUUAUUUUAGUAAAGAAACAUUAUUCACUAUUGCCCUUCUUGACAAGGAUGUAAAAAACGAACCACCAAUAAUAUUGAUGGAAGAUGUUUUAAGAAUGCAAGAGGAUGAAGGAAUUAUUGAAUAUCAAAUAUACGCUGCUGACUCAGAUGAUGAUCCAGUUGUGUUCCAGCUGGACCAACAUUAUCCAGUUACAGAGCUUGGUGAAAUUGUGAAAAUAAGUUCAGAUGGUGGUUUUACUUUUAAACCUUGUCUUGAUUGUUACGGAAAUGCUAUCAUAUAUAUAAAGGCUGUUGAAACUCCUGAAAGUCCGUAUGUGGAGCCACUUACGUCUACAAAAGCAUUUGAAGUGGAUAUAUCCUCUAGACAAGAUCCACCUGUGGUCUAUUUUUGUACAAAGAAAACAUCUAACAAACCUGCUGUGGAUGACAGAUUCUAUCAGGUAACAAUGGAAGAAAAUACAGACACUAACAUAGCUUAUCAGGAUUUUAUUGGGUAUGCCGGUGCGUAUGACGUAGAUGUUGAUGACUUAUUAAACUUAAUGUUUCAAACUCCCACCCAAGGGCAAUUUAAUGUAAAACUACCAGAAAGAGGAAACCCUUCGACAUCUGAGGAUCUAGAAAAAUGCAACAUCCGGUAUCCACAUCCAAAGGAUGCAAUGUCUUGGGUAUGGACAGAGAUUACAUACAGGCCUAAUAAAGGUUUUUAUGGUUCGGACUACCUUUCCGUAUUUGCACGUGACCAAGCCGGGUUGUAUUCAAAAAUUCUUGAAAUAGACGUCGCAGUAAUGAAGAAUCCCUGUGCAAUACACGGCACAUGUCGUGGCGUGCUGAAUGACACAAACUGUGAAGACCCUAGACGUCAAAACGGUUUCGAAGGAUACAGUUGCUCAUGUACUACCGGAUGGGAGGGAGAAUUUUGUGAACUUGAUCAAGACGAAUGUGACCUAGAUACACCGUGUGCAAGCCCAUACAUUUGCAUAAACAAACCAGGUGGCUAUCAAUGCGAAUGUCCAUCUGGAAUACCAAACUGCGAUAUGAAAGUGUGGGUGAUAUGUUUAAUCAGCAUAUUGAGCGGCGUUGCUUUCUUUGGAGGCUGUGUAGCUAUUGCCUGUUGGUGGAAAAAAAAGAACAAUAAAAUAUUCGUGGAGGAAAAUGUAGGUGACGUAAACACACAACCACAAGAUAUAUCAAAUCAUGUUGAAAUGGAUACAUUCGUUGCCGACACUAUUGAAGACAUAAAACAACUUGAAAGUUCUCUUCAAAAUGCUGCUGUAACUAUUCCUGAUGCAGUGAUGACAGUCGCAGGAAUUGACUCGGUGUCUGAUGAACCGAUAAACCAACUUAACUUGAGUAACUCAUUCAGUAGCCUUCAUUCAGAAAACGAGUUAUUUUCGCCUGAAGCAAACCAACAGGAGCCUACAACAUCUAAGACCCUUUCCAGAAACCAAGUUUCCCCAAUCUUAACGGGUAUUGCUGGCGAUGGUGCGAAUGGACGUGAUUGUCUCCAGAAUGCAUCUGAUGCAGAAGGCAUUCCACUGGCAGAAAUUGCUAAGCCUAUAAAGAUUAAUACUUGGAUUGCAUAGAGUCUUUUGAUAUAUUGUAGUACUUUAAUUCUGCCUUGUAUAAUGUUGCUGUGUGUGUAAACCAAAUAUAAAAUUAUGUAAUGUUUAAGCACAGACCCUAUAUAUUAUGUAUAUAGGGUCUGUGGUUUAAGUUAAACCACCAUUAUCGAUUCCGACAUCUAGUAAUUAUUAUAACUACAUUCUUUCGAAGUACUAUAUAGACAUAAUAUUUUGAUUUUCAUUUUCCUGUUCUUAAUGACUAUAAUUCCAAUAAUUGUGUUUAUCUCAAAAUACUUAACAUUUCAUUUUCAAUAUUCAUUUUCAUUUUGUAUAUGCCUUUCAAAAUUUUUUUCAUGAUUAUGUAGACUGAUUUAAACCUUAUAUAUACAGUGUUAGAAGAAUAUGAAAAAAAAAAUUGAUUUCUGCUUCCGCUGUGCGGUGCAGCUCUGUUUUCAGAGAAUCCAAUAAUUACAUUUUUUAACAAUUUAAUUAAAUAUAUCAAUGACAACUGGCAUUAUUAUUAAGUAGUGUUUUAACUUUUUUUCAAAUAAUUCCAAAUAAUAUCAAUGUUAUUAAGAUUUAAUUUGUAUGCGUACAUGUUUAUACAUAGUCUAAUUAAACUCUCAUUCUUCAUAGGCCAUACACAUU